AUUUUUCCUUGGUCAUUGCAGAUAACACCACAGACAGAAUUGACACAAAAGACGUCUACAUCUAGUACCUACCUACCUAAUAAGAAAUGAAGUGAUUCGAUUUUACAAAUCGAUGAAAAUAAUUAAAUUAUGUGUAUUAGCACUAAAAAUUACUUUCACUAGGACAAAAUAUGUUCGAGUGGGCUUAUAGUGGUGCUAAUAAAGCCGUACCUAGAAAUGUUGGUCCUGAAUGUGCAUAUUUUUUAUCAUUCCAAAGGCAAAUAAUUGAAACUCUUAUAGUAACUUCGCUCUGCAUCUAUGUCUUAAUCAAAACUUAUCCAAAGUUGCAAAUACCAAUUGAAACAAAUUAUGUAAAAAGUGAUAGAGGUGGUAAGCGCUUAUUAGUAAUUCUCUUGGCUUUGUUAUGGGGAAUGGAAAUUGGUUUUAAAUUUGCUUCUCGGACUGUUAUUUACUUGUUGAAUCCUUGUCAUGUUACAACAUUAUUACAGAUAUAUUUGCUUGCUGCACCACCAAGCAAAACAGUCACAGCACUGUUUCGCAUUCAUCUUAACUUACUGAAUGGUCCCCUGUUAGCUUUUUUAUUUCCAGAAACUGCUUCUCGAACGAUCUUUGUAGAAGCUGCACUUUAUUGGAUCCAACAUGGAAUGAUGUUUGUAAUACCAUAUUACCUGUUAAGAAUUGGUGGUGUUUACAAUGUAGAACCACUUUGGGAUUUCAAUUGGGCCAUAUUCAGCUACUGUUUAAACCUCCUUUAUCACUUCAUUGUUUUACAAAUUAUAGCAAUUCCAGCUCAGGUGAACUUAAACCAUAUGCUCUGUCCAGCAAUUUUAGACCCCUUUGACGGUCCUUGGUAUCGUAUUAUGGCAGUAAUACAUCAAGCAAUGUUGUGCCCGCUUCUCUGCAAAACAUUCUGUAUAAUUUCAGACUUUUGCUUAACUAAAUUUCCACUUACAAAAGUGAAACCCCAUAUGAAAGACAGCUUACAAGAUAACAAACCACUUCAUCAAGCAAAGGACCUUGAUCACGGGGAUUAGUCAAUGUACGAACAUUUAUAAAUAUGGCUGUAAUCCCUCUCAGGGUGGAUAGCUAGAAUCUAUUCUAUGAAAUUGCCUACUAGUAAUGAACAAUAUUUCAUCGCGUCCAUUUAGUUUGGGUAAUUAUUGUAGUAAUUAAGCUAAGGUUUACAUUAUUACCAGAAUAUAAGCAUUGUAUACUCAGUAGCCAAUCAAGCUCACUUUUGCCUUUCUUAUAGUGAUGGUUCACAACAAGAAAGGAAUAAAGUAAAGGCCAAAAUACUUUAUAAUGUUUAGAGAUGUCUUAGUCCACGGGAGGAGAUGGAGUGGUCGUAUUCUACAUGCCUGAUAUUAUACAAAGUUAUGUUGUAAUUUAUAUUUACAACCAUGUCUGUUGUGGUAUUAUAUUCCUAAAUUCCUCGUAAAUUUUCUUUUUAAAAUCUUAUAGGUAAGUUCACUAGUACGGCAGUUUAAAAUGAAUUGAUAUUAUAGUAUUAAAAUUUUUUACUAGUCAGAAGCUUAAAUAUUACUUCUAGAUCUGUUAAAAACUGGAUUUUGUUCGUAGAAAUCAUUUUUAGUCAUCGAUAAGUAUUUUGGCCUAAAUGCAAAAAAAAGGGAUUGUACAUUAUACAGGGUAUACUGGGUAUACUUUUAAUUCAUUGUCAAUAUUCUGUCUUUGUCUAUGCUCAGUCCAUGAUUCUGAACAACUUUUAGUAUGGGGGCAACUCUAAAUCGCGAAAUUAAUCAGCUGUUCUAUAUAAAAUUAAAUACCUAACUUGUGGAAAAUGUAUGGAUCUGUAGAUUUUUUUCGCGAUAUCUAGGUUGCUUCCUACGAAAAGUUGUUCAGUACCAUGGACUGAGCAUUUUGAUAAAAUAAUGCCAAUGUAUAAGGUAUAAGAAAUCACUCUGUAUUUGUGUCUACUGAUCAUGCAUAUGCAAAAAUGUUAUGGGUUCUCAGACUAAAAUUCUCUGCAUGAACGUGCAGACUAAAAUUCUAUAUCUGAUUAUUAUUUAUAUAAAAUACAAUAUUAGAAUUUAAAGUUAGAUUUGAGAACUCAAAUUUGUGAAAAUUAUCACAUUAAUUUGGUUUUGGUGGCUGUAUCCCCUAGAACUAGACUGGGGACUAAAUGAGUCUCUUUUACAUUUAGUGCUUAUAAAUAAUCUAUGAAUUUAAUUCAUAUGGUUUCUGAAAUCUAAAUUUUAGGGCACUUCUAAUAUUUGAAAUGAAUUUCGAAGUAGGUAGGCAUGUUUGUAUUGUAUGUUUAUCAUUAUGUGUAUUAUUGAGAUAUUUUGGGUACGAUUAAAUAUACUGUAUACCUAAUUAGAAAUUUCUACUAUCGCGUUCUAAAAAUGAUAAAACAUUUUAACCCCGAUGCAAAAAGAGUUGUAAUUUUGUCUAGUGUUUCUGUAGCUUGUGGACCGAUCUUGAUGCUAUUUUUAUUUGAUGGCUAGGUAAUUUUGUCGAGAUGUUAAGUAUUUACAUUAUUGAAUACACUGACUGAUACUAUUGUAGCUGGGUCUUGACUAGAGUGAACUCGUACUGUGAAUGAGAAGUCGUCAAUGAAAGAGAAGUCGACAUGUCAACUUCUUUAAUAUCGGCCUCAACAUCUUUUUCAUUAUUGGUUAAUAUUGAAAACUUGUGGUUUGCCAAAUAUUUUUACUUGAGUUAAAACAGACAUGAUGACAUACCUACCUAAUCAGUCAGAGUGUUGAAUACUACUCAAUAUUAUAAAAAAAAAUCUCGGGAAGGCCUAUGCGAGUGAUUAAAAGCUUGCGCAAAUGUUGAAUUAUCCUCAGCAUACUUUCGUUCUUCACUUAUGUUUGCAUCAAGCCAUCAUCAAGCAUAGUUAUGUGAUAGGCCCACAUCUGCGCACACUAUGACAGAUACCUACUCAAGCAAAAUAUCUUAGGCUAACGAUAGUUUAGUUAGUUUUUGUCGCAUUUCAAGAAGUUAGCCUUUAUAAAAAGAAAUGAGCAACACCUGUUUUAAAAGAACAAAUUUACUUAUCCUACACAAUGAUUAAUUGUGUAAUUAUUGAAUUAGUUUAGUACUACUACAAUAUUUAUGUUAAUAGGUACCUAUGUAAAUUGAACGGAAAAUUUAUUUUUUAAGUAUUUAUUUAUUAUUAAUAAAUCAAUGUAAUUAAUUAUUAUUAAUCAUUGUUUAUUAAAAAUAAAUAUUUAAAAACUAUUAUCACCUCUUACGCACGUAGCGUUUUAUUUUAGUCUAAGAGGUGAUAUUUGUAAUUGUAUUGUGUAUGCAUUAUAUUUUCAAACAUUCUAUGAAUAAUUUCACCAUUAAUACUUCUUUCAUUCCAUUUUUACAUGUUAGUUGAUUUUGUGGAUUUUUUAUAAAGCGUAGUUUUAAUUUAAUUAUACAUAUAUUAGUUAAUGAUUGAAAAAAAAUGCAAAAACUAUUGUAAAAAAUAUAAAAAAGACGAAACGUUAUUGAACUAUACCAUUGUCAAAAUUAAGACUAUCGCAAAAACAAAAAAAAACAAUUUGUCAUUUUUCGAAAAAUGUCAUCAGCCCAAGCCUUCAAAAAGUCCACGAUCGAAGGCAUAUUUUUAUCAUCAAAUAUUAUUGUCUUUUAUUAAUCAAAAUUUAUAAUUUUAUUGAAAGUGAAAUAUAUACAAUAGACAUAAGAAAGCAAUUAAAACACCGUAUGUACUCGUUCAUUGAUUUUAUUUUAGGAAGUGUUAUAAAAUCAAAAAAUUAGAUCAUUUAGAGGAUGAGGGAUAGUUAAAUUUUUUAAACCUUUAUAUUGGUCUUAUAAAUAAGAUUGAGGAUUACAAUUUCCAUGGCGCCUUAGUAGAAUUUAUAAUUAGGCGCUUCUCUCGGUGGUAUGAUCACAGGGUG